AUGAAUCUGUUCUUGAUUGAAAUGAGCUUGGCAGCCUCGUCAUCUCCUUGCAAAUAUCCGGCCAUAUUCAACUUCGGCGACUCAAACUCUGACACCGGCGGCUUGUCUGCAGUUUUCGGUCAGGUGCGUUUGCCCCCCGGAGAGUCCUACUUCCACCGCCCUGCCGCCUGCCGGCUGUUACUGCAUGACAGGCUCGCUUUACUGUAUCUUAGCGCAUAUCUUGAUUAUGUGGGAAGCAACUUCACACACGGAGCCAACUUUGCCACGGCGGGCUCAACCAUCCAGAGCGGGUAUAGUCCCGUCACCUUGGACGUUCAGUACAAUGAGUUCUACGAUUUUCAACCAAGAUCCCAAACCGCUCGUAGUCGAGGUUGGAAUUUGACAUGUCUAAUGCCAAAAGCAGACGAUUUCUCUCGUGCUUUAUACACAUUUGAUAUUGAGAAUGAUUUAACAGCCGGUUUAUUCUUGAACAUGUCCACUACCCAAGGCAAGGCAUAUGUUCCUGAUGUGCUAAAUCAGUUUAACAGUAUUGUUAAGUAUAUAUAUGAUCAAGGAGGUAGAUACUUUUGGAUACACAAUACAGGUUCCAUUGGUUGUCUUCCAUAUGUAUUGGACCACGUACCAAUCGCAGACGCGUAGCUGGACAAGCCUGGUUGUGACAUGCCUUACCAAUUUUACAACCGCAGAUUGAAGCAAGUUGUGGUUCAGUUAAGAAGAUAACUACCAUUAGCUGCAAUCACAUAUGUUGAUGUUUACCCGGCUAAGUACUCCCUCAUUAGCCAACCAAAAAAGCAUGAUUUCAAAGAAACAGUCCAACAGAUUCAAGCAGCCGGUGGGAAGUACAAUUUCAACAAGCACAUUGGAUGUGCAGGGAAGAUUAGGGUUCAUGGAAAAGAUGCUUUAGUGGGAAGGGGAUGCCAAGACCCAUCACUUUGGGUGAAUUGGGUUGGUGUGCAUUUCACUCAAGCAGCUAACAAAAGAGUCUUUGAUCAGAUGGUAGACGGUUCACUUUCAGAUCCACCACUUCCAUAG